CUUAGGGCGUACUGUGACGUCACGCAGUGUAAAGCUUAAACUUCCUGUUUGACGUUGGCCGCAUUCUCUCGUAGAAGCCGGGCCAACAUGGGCCGAGUCAGGACGAAGACGGUCAAGAAGGCCGCCAGGGUCAUCAUCGAGAAGUACUACACAAGCCUGGGCAAUGACUUCCACACCAAUAAAAGGUUGUGUGAGGAGAUCGCCAUCAUUCCCAGCAAACCUCUUCGCAACAAAAUUGCUGGUUAUGUGACACACUUGAUGAAGCGUAUCCAGCGCAGUCCUGUGCGAGGUAUCUCCAUCAAGCUGCAGGAGGAGGAGAGAGAGAGGAGGGACAAUUAUGUUCCGGAGAUUUCUGCUCUGGACCAGGAGAUGAUAGAAGUGGACCCAGACACUAAAGACAUGUUGAAGUUGCUGGACUUUGGUGGUCUUUCUAAGCUCCAAGUGACUCAACCAAUCACUGGCAUGAACUUCAAAACCCCCCGAGGACUGUAGACCCUUUACUUCUUGAAUAAACUCCUGUCACUUCCUCUA